AGGAAAUAAAGUUAUUGUGUCUGACGGGUUAGCUGGCAAAAUAGAAAACAAAAAGUUGGAGCAGCAGCAAUUUUCAUCAUUUUCUCAAAAGAAAAGUAAUUUUAUUGAUUAAAAUUGUCUCAAAUACCUCCAAGAAGUAUCCUCGCAGUGAUCCCUGGUUGAAUCCUUGUGGAAAAACUCCAAGAAAUUAGGAAAAUCUUGUUCUAACCUCACAUUUUCAUUAAGCUAAAUAAUCCGCAUCAGGUGAAUCAUGGAAGACAUUGAGAAUUUUACGGAGAUUCAUGAGGAAGAGAAACUUGAGCUUCAUGAUGAAUUAUCAAAGGAGAAAAAAUACACAAAAUCUCUGCUCUGUCCAGGAGCUUCUUCUUCCAAAGGAGGGCUUUCAACCCUCAGAGAAUUCAAAGAACUACUUGAGAAAGAUGUUCAGAGGUCUGAAUUGCAGAAAGCUGGUCUCACAGAGGAAGAGCAGGAUCUCUUCUUUAAAUUCCGCCAAAAUUCUUCACUUCCUGACACACAAUCCUUCCGUGAUCGUUUGGCAGUAAUCAAUGAGAAGAUUGAGGAUUUUUUCAAAACUGAUGAGAAGAAUGUAAAAUUGCAACAUCCAAUGGAUGCUCUUGCUGAGAUGGAAAAAAUUUUUUUUGAUGAUUUGAAGGACAUUCCCAGUCUCAGGAAGAGGCGAAAGAUGAUGAUAAAGGAGGAGAAAAAGCUUGAAAAGAUCCUCAAUACACCGACUAGUUCGGAAAGGACGCAAACUAACCUGAAUCCCGGAAGAUCAAGGAAAUCCAAAUGGGAUCAACGAUGAGAAGAGAGUUUUUUCGGAAGUUCAAAGGAAAAUCCGUUAAGUGAAUACGAAGAGAAAAAUAUUGGUGAGUUGCUUUUCUAUCUUUGCUAAGAUUCUGGGGCAGCUCACAGAAUGAUUUUUAACCAAUAAAGAAAGAGUCAUUUGAGUUUUACUAUCCAACUUUCAAAUUCGCGCCUUUAGAAAAAGUUUCAUUCAUGUUUCAUUGGAAAGUUUGCAGCAAAGAAAAUAAAUUCAGUUAAUUAACGUA